CUGUUGUUUCUGUGCUGUGCAUGUGUAGCCACAUCGUGUGCGUGUGGUGAGACACCGACUUCGAUCGUUUGUUGGCCUGCGAAAACAGGCAAGUGCAACUGUUCGACCUUUCCGAAAUAUCCGGGAUGCGCACUGAGAAAGAGAGUGUUUCCGAAUUCCCUUGGUCUAACAUCAGCCUUUGGGUAAUCCUGAAAAAGAUUAUUAUUAUUAGUAGUAGUACAGUAGUCCAAGUACCGGUACUCUGUAGAUUCUGCUGUGCUGGCCGAAGCAGAACUGUUUGAGUUUCAUUGAUAGCCAUCCUUCUCACGCUUCUGAGCGCUAGAACUGUAGUAACGAGCCCGAAACGGUACCGGGUGACAGUUGGCUGGUAAGUGUGGGCCACCAGAAUUAUCCUAGUCCUAGAAAGGGUCAGUGACAACUCGCAAUGGCGGACACGUCCGAGGAUAUCUACCACUCUUCUAGGCAUCCUGUGCCAGCUGGCAACACGCAUGCGCCGCAAACUACGCUGGACUCAGACAAUGGAUAUCGUGCAGCAGCCCCGUAUGACAGGCCAGUUCAGCGCGUGCCCCAACAUGGCUACAGUGAAGUGCCACUUGGGUCACCGCACCAGCAACAGCAUCAGCAGCAACCACUGCGAAACCCAGUCAGCCAUGUAACUCAGUAUGGCUUAUCGUAUCAGGGCGGUGGUCGCCAUGACUACCAAGGAGCACCGGCAGCACACACUCGAUUCAUCAAGCAGGCAUCGGACAGGAGCUCAGUAAGCGGUGGUGAUGGCGCAGUGAUGGCUAGUCAUGGUCGUGAUGAUGGAACGGCGUCGCUUCCACCACCUGGCUCUUCCUCCCUUCAGGAGGACUUGUACAGCACUGGAACAUUUCAGAGCCAUCAGCUCUACGGAGACGGUCGUCCCAGGACAACGGCCAGCAGCAGCAGCGGCAGCAGUAGUAGUGAUGGAAGACAUCAUGUGCCAAGCGUACUUAGUUCCUCGUACGAUGCCAGUGGAUACAGAGCACUCGACCAUGCCCGUCAGCAGUAUCAGCCAGCUGGCACUGCCCCAGCAGCGAGCCAUCUCCCCAGAGAUCAAUACGGAGCUUUUCCUCACUCCCGCAACAUUUCCGUGCAAGCGUACAGAUCCGGCGAGAAAGGUACCGCUCAUGAUGUACCAGUAGCUCAGCAACGCUACACGCAGUGGCCUGCUUCUGUGCAAGAACCAUUGGUUGUUGAGCGGGCUGCUGGCCAUAGUGCACCCAGCCAUGAUUCAAACCCUGGCGCACACGUGUUCUCUUCAGAAGGGCAAUGUUCCUAUCAGGGAGCUUCAGGCUCGGGGAGCGGUGGGCCCGCUGUGCAUACAUCACAGUCACAGACAGCACCGAGACCAGCAGUGACACUACGUGAUGACGUCGAAGAGCGGCGCCGUCGCCUCGACAACGAAGAAGAAACCGUCAAGCAGCACCGCCAGAUGCUGAAGGAUGAGCGGUCCGAACUGGACGCGCUCCGACUACGGUUGCACGAGCGGGCGCGUGAUCUUGAAGAGCGGGAGGCCGGUGUGGAUCGACGCGGUGAAGAGAUUGCAAAGACCAAUGCAUCGUUUGGUGUUCGGCAGGCGGAGUUUGCAGCUCAAAAGAAGGAGCACGAGGAGCUACUUGCCACUGACAUUCGUCUGGAAAAGGAAAUCGCCAAAGCUAGACAGCGCAGGGAUGACAUAAAGCAAGAAGUCACGUCUUUAGAGACGAGAAAAAGUGACUUGCUUGAAGAAAUCACCUCCCAAGGACGCAUUCUUUGUGAUCUGGAGGAGAAGAACCAAAAAUUGCGUGGACAAGGUACAGCUACAGUUGAUGAGGCGCUUACUGGAUUGGUUCCCACCAGAUCCACCCUGGCGCAGCCAGCACAUGGACCCAACUCAGCAAGACCUCCUACAAGUCAGCGCUCCCCUUUGCAUGGUACAUCAGCAAUAGGAGCAAUGAGCCACUCUCCACACAGCUCUCCAGCUUCUAAGCCCAAGCCGCCGUCAGGAGCGGGAGCUUACAUGGCAAGUGCAGGAGCCGGCGUUGGCGCUCAAACCUACAACUACCUGCCUGCAAAUCUACAAGCGAUGUAUGCUAGUGGAGAACAAUGGGACACAAUGUCACCUAAGGCACGGGAUGACUAUAUUGCAGCACAGCUACGCGCUCACCAGAGCUUGGAGGAGGAAAAGGAGUCGGAACUAGUUGCCCUGCAGCUUCAGCAGGAAGAGCAAGAGGAGGCAACGCGACGAGGAGCACUGACUGCAGAGUCACUUGCAAGGAAAGAGCUAGAAGACAGGGAGCGGCUGAAGCGAGAGAAAGAAGACCGAGAGUCAGAGCUAGUUGCCCUGCAGCUUCAGCAGGAAGAGCAAGAGGAGGCAAUGCGACGGGGAGCACUGACUGCAGAGUCACUUGCAAGGAAAGAGCUAGAAGACAGGGAACGGCUGAAGCGAGAGAAAAAUGACCGAGAAUUGAGGGAUUUUCAAAUGGCCCAGCAGCUGGAAGAGGAUGAGCGGCGCAAGAACCGGCAGGAGGAGGAACAGAAAGCAAAGCAACGUCAGGAGCAUCAACGCCGGGAGCAGCAACGCCAGGAGCAACAGCGACAGGAGUCGGAGCAGGUAGCUGUUCGCGAAUCUCAGGAAAACGCACUCCCCGAUAUUUCCCUGCCUUCUGAACCAGAAAGCAUUGAUGCGAUUCGGUCACGGCUAUCACGCAUCCAGCCAUCCUAGUUGGCUGCCUGUUGACAUGAGUUACUGAUCACGGUAUUCCUAGCCCGAACUGCAUGCGAGCUUGCUGGAUUUUGCAGCUGCUAAUCCACAGCCACAGCCACAUCCUAACAAUAGUUGCAUAGUGCCAUUAGUGGUUGCUAUGCUGAUGACUUGCAUCACGAUUGUCACUCAUUUGUCAGCAAUAGUAUUUUUUUACGCCACUGCCUGCAGUACUUACCCAAGCAAUGCCUUCCUUUCACGUCCACUCCCUGCACGUGCUUGAGAAUGAUCGCGUGCCGUCAUGAAUGCUAAGCUUUCUUUCUGCUUCAAGAGUAUUAUAAUUAUCCUAGCAAGUCGCCUUGUUAUUAUAUCAUGUACAUGCACACACAUGUAUCUACCGGUCACUAUGGUAACCAUAUUCCUGCAUAUGAGCAUUAGUGUCCAUGUGCAAGGAGUUGGUUACGUCUUGUUCGGCAUGGAGUAAGAAUCUGGAAAUGUACCUUGAGCAAGA